AAAUUUCUGAUCUCGUACAAGAACUGUAUGAAUUGCCACUCAAUGGUCAAACUUUGAAAAGAAUAAAAGUGGAGGCAGAACUUGGUCGAAAUUUUACGUUCAAAUACGAAGAAAAACGUUUCAUGUCUCAAGGAAAUAACUUUUGGAAUCACAUCUUUAAAUAG